AUGCGUCGUGCCUGUUCAUUCGCCUCUUCCUCUUUGUACUGUAGUAUAUCCGCAUCUGCGUUGACCCACGCGGCGCGGACUAUUAUUGCAUGCAAAGGUAUUGUUGAAAAUCGAAUUACGAAACACUACUCAAACCGCACAGUCGCAGAAGCGAAAGCAGAGCGAGAGGCACAAAUAGCAAAAGUACGUCAUCCGAAUCCACGUAAUCAAAAGGAAGAACUCAGUCACCUUACACAUCAAUGUAGUUUUGAAUACAUCCCAGAGUUUCAACGCUGGGCAAAUGAUAUGAUGGCUGUUUAUAGUGACCCGCAAGCGUAUGGACAUGAUAUGGCUUAUCAUUAUCAUCGGAUAUGGAAGGCAAAGAGUCCAACAAGACGUGGUAUUGAAGAUGGUAGUGGUGCAUUUGAGGUGUGUAAGAUUCAUCCAAAAUAG